ACGAGGAACGCCCCCUAGGGGCGGGUCUCAGGCGCCGAUUGGCUGUCAUACAAAUGGGCGGUGAUUAGGCGGCUUGGAAGGAGGUGGUUUAGCUCCUCGGCGUCCUAACAGCGUCUGGGCCAUGGCGGUUUCGGCCCUGCGGGAGGAGUUGGACUCCCGGUUCCUGCAGCUGCUCAGCGACCUGGAGGAACUAGAGGCGAAGCGGGCGGCGUUGAACGCCCGGGUGGAGGAGGGCUGGCUCUCGCUUGCCAAGGCUCGCUAUGCCAUGGGCGCCAAGUCGGUCGGGCCCCUGCAGUAUGCCUCACGAAUGGAGCCUCAGGUCUGCGUGCGCGCCAGCGACGCCCAGGAUGGACCCCAGACCUUCAGGGUGAUCAAAGCUGACUCCCAGAUCCCCGAGGAAGUGGGGCCCGGCGAGGCAUCUCUACGAAGGCGCAAGGGCCCUACCAAGACCCAAGAGUCAGGAUCCUCUGUGGUCCCUCAAGAUCCCUUGAACUGGUUUGGAAUCUUGGUCCCUCACAGUCUUCGGCAGGCCCAGGCCAGCUUCCGGGAUGGCCUUCAGCUGGCUGCGGAUAUAGCCAGCCUCCAGACUCGAAUCAACUGGGGUCGGAGUCAGCUCCGGGGCCUCCAGAAAAAGCUGAAGGAGUUGGACCCUGGGCCUGCCUGACCUGAAUCUACUUCCGAAGGCAUUGAACAUAGCCAUCUUGGAUGCCACUGCCUUACUCAGGCCAUCUUUCAUAAUAGCCCCUGUCUCAGCUAAUGCCCCUGUAGCAAUGUCCUUAGUCUGUGUUGAUUCCAGCUUUGUGAGUUAGGAAGUUGAGUUAGGAAAUUUGAUGAGGCAAGCUGAGCAGUGUUGAAACGUAUGAAACCACUUCUAGGUCCAUGUUCUCAUGGGGCCUCCCUCCCUUUGGGCCAGUUAGAAAACAAGCAAAUAACCUCCAGUCCAGUCAGCCAGCUCGGGAUACUGAGACCCUGCAUGCAUGGUGACCAAGAAGAAAAGGCACUUGGAAAUAGGCUAGCUCAGGACAAUUCCAGUCAAUAAAAAUACCUCUGGCUGGGCAUGGUACUGCAUGCCUAUAGUCCCAGCAACUCUAGCGGCUGAGGCAGGAGCCGCUAAGCCCUGGUGUUAGAGACUAGCCUGGGCAGCAGACCUUUUCUUUAAAUUACAUAAGACAACACACACACAAAUAACCAGAGUAGACUGUCAGGUAGGAGGAGGGAGUAUUCUAUUAUCAAAAGUGUGGGGGGGGAACCAAAAAACUUGGACAUUCUUUCAAUGGAAUAGAAAGGACAUUCCCACUUGAUUUUUAGCAGUUACAUUAGCCUCUUUGCCUGCUGAACUUGCAUUCCUGCCUCUGGGAACUGUACCCUACUGAGCUUUUCUACUGAGCUGACUGAGCAGCAUCUGGAGACUUGUGUUUGGGGAGAGGAAUUAACUGUGAGGUGUAAAUAUUUCUACCCAAUUUGUUAAUUUUGCUUAUAUUGGCUUUUCUACUUCUUAACUGUAAAAAUAUGUAAAACUGUACAGAAAAAUUGAAUAAAAUGAAGGUUACAGUAACUGUCA